AGACACAGAUGCAGUGAAGUGUCAGACGCUGUUCUUCUGAAGUUUAACAACUUUUCUGCAUCAGGAUCAAAGUCAGAAUGAAAAUCUUUCAUUUUCUCUUCUUCUGCUUCUUGUCAGAUUCAACUGAUCUCGUCAAGGCAAAACACAAUAUUUGGUCUGCAGCUGAAGGAGCAAAUGCUUCACUUAACUGCCACAUAACUUUACCUGGAAGCACAAAGUUCUUCUGUAAGGAAAAAUGUGAGCGAGAUGAAGAUAUCCUCAUUAAAACAGAUGGAAGCACAGCUCAGAGUGGGAGAUACAGCAUUAAUUAUAAAGAUGGAUCUUCAGGAAAAGGAAUUGUGUCUGUGACCUUCACACACAUGAUCAAGUCUGACUCAGGAAUGUACAGGUGUGCUUUGGGAAAAUCUUCUGUUCCAGAUAAAUACAAUGACUUUGAGGUCAGAGUUUCAAAUGAUCUGGGUAAAAAUGUUGGUUUUUAUCGCACAGUAACUGAGGGAGAAAACAUCACAUUGGGAUGUUCCAAUACUGUGUAUGGACAGAGGAAGUUCUUUUGUAAGAAUCGGUGUAAGAAUAAAGGGGAGAUCCUCAUUGACACAACUAAUAACAAAUCUGAGAGUGGAAGAUACGACAUUGAAUACAGACCAGGAUCUACAUUUGGACUGUAUGUGACCAUCACACAGCUGACCAAGUCGGACACAGGACGGUACAGGUGUGGUUAUGGAAACCCUCUGUCUCCAGAUUCAUACGACAAUAAUGAUGUUCUUGUCAUCGAUGCGACACAGAGUGAAAGUGUCACUCCAGGAGUCUCUACACAUUGUCCUGACUCCUCCUGGCUUCUGGUUGUGCGUGCGUCCUUGGAUGGUGUUUUGCUGAUGGCUGUUUUCCUCAUGCUCUUCUACAUUAGUAAGACAAGGAGGAACUUUGGACUGAACACCAGAGAAAAUGACACAAACAUGGAGUUAUUUCAGGUAUGAUAACUUGAAUCCAACCUCCAGACAUAAAGAGUCCAAAAGGACCAGGACCAAACCUUCUCUGCAUUAUUAAAGACCAAAAUUUAAAAUUUUGUUACUUAACCUGUUUUCAAUUUUG